GAGCAGGCAGGCCGCCGGUCGUCGCCUCGCCGCCGCAGAGCCAGCAGCUGCCGUCGUCGCGGGGUCCGCAGGGCGACGCCGCCAGCACCGCCCGCAGCGAAGCCGAGAGCCCCGCUCGCCCCACCGACCCACCGCCUGCCCGGCCGCCCGCUUCUCCCCCGGCACCGCAAGAGAGAGGUUCCUUAGAAAGAGAGCUUGGACGGCAUGCAAAGUAGUGAAAUAUCUGCAGACAGCACUGAUGAUCCUCUUAGUAGUGGCCUACGAAGAAAGCGACAGCCGCGAAUAGUAGUUAUCGGCGCUGGGCUCGCGGGCCUCUCUGCGACAAAAACCCUCCUGGAGAAUGGUUUCACGGAUGUGACUGUCCUCGAAGCGUCUGACCGAAUCGGAGGCAGGAUACAAAGCGUGAAGCUUGAAAACGCUACUUUUGAACUGGGAGCUACGUGGAUCCACGGUUCCAAUGGAAACCCUAUCUAUCAUCUAGCAGAAGAUAAUGGCUUACUCGAAGAGACGACAGACGGCGAGAGGAGUGUGGGCCGCAUCAGCCUGUACUCCAAGAAUGGGGUGGCUUAUCACCUCACCAACAACGGUCAAAGGAUCCCGAAAGAUGUGGUUGAAGAAUUCAGUGAUUUAUACAACGAGGUCUAUAACCUGACUCAGGAGUUCUUCCAGAGUGGUAAACCAGUCAAUGCCGAGAGCAAGAACAGCGUGGGCGUCUUCACGCGAGAUGUCGUGCGCAAGCGCAUCAAAGCCGAUCCGGACGACUCGGAGACGAUCAGGAGGCUGAAGCUUGCCAUGAUCCAGCAAUACCUUAAGGUGGAGAGUUGCGAGAGCAGCUCCCACAGCAUGGACGAGGUGUCGCUCAGUGAAUUCGGGGAGUGGACCGAAAUCCCCGGGGCCCACCACAUCAUCCCGUGCGGCUUCAUGAAGAUCGUGGAGAUCCUCUCCCGCGCCAUCCCGGAGUCGGUCAUCCAGCUGAACAAGCCGGUCAAGUGCAUCUACUGGAACCAGUCGGUCAGCAAGGAGAUCGAGGGGGUGGCCGACCACAACAGUGACCGCACGGGGGAGCGGGACAUGGGCUACCACGUCUGCGUGGAGUGCGAGGACUGCGAGUUCAUCCUGGCCGACCACGUCAUCGUGACGGUGUCCUUAGGGGUGCUGAAGAAGCACCACGAGAACAUGUUCCACCCCCGGCUGCCCGAGGAGAAGGUGAUGGCCAUCCAAAAGCUGGGCAUCAGCACCACGGACAAGAUCUUCCUGGAGUUUGAGGAGCCCUUCUGGAGCCCCGAGUGCAACAGCAUCCAGUUUGUGUGGGAGGACGAGGCCGAGGCUGAGAGCCUCACCUACCCCGAGGGGAUGUGGUACAAGAAGAUCUGCAGCUUCGACGUCCUCUACCCGCCCGAGCGCUACGGCCACGUGCUGAGCGGCUGGAUCUGCGGGGAGGAGGCCCUGAUCAUGGAGAAAUGUGACGAUGAAACCGUAGCAGAGACUUGCACUGAGAUGCUGCGUAAAUUUACAGGGAAUCCGGACAUUCCGAAACCUCGGCGGAUCUUGCGAUCCUCGUGGGGCAGCAAUCCUUACUUCCGCGGCUCCUAUUCCUACACUCAAGUUGGGUCUAGCGGAGCGGACGUGGAGAAACUCGCAAAGCCACUGCCUUAUACCGAGAGCUCCAAGACAGUUCCUAUGCAGGUGAUGUUUUCGGGCGAGGCCACCCACAGGAAGUAUUAUUCCACUACCCAUGGUGCUUUGCUUUCUGGCCAGAGGGAGGCGAACCACCUCCUCGAAAUGUACCAAGACCUCUUGCAAUGCAGAAACUGAGAGGGGCCUGAACCACUAACUCGUGAUUCCUUUUACGGCUGUGUGUUUAAAGAAGUCUUUCUUUCUUUUUUCCUUUUCUAAAAAAACAAACGAACUAAAAAAACAUUUUUAUCUUUUUAUAUCUCUAUAAAAGUCUUAAUUCUUUUGACCCGUAGUUGACUGAUGGUAGUUUAUUUCCAUGUACUGUAUCUGUCGACAGGAAAAGCUUGCUCUUCCUGUCUGAGUGAAAGCUAUCUCUCUUUUUCUUUUCUUUUCUUUUGGUGUAAUUUUGAUUUCUGAUUGCACAUCUGGUGCUUCUCCCCCCCCCCCCCUCUUCCCCAGGUCCCUGGUAUUGUAAGUGCCUUCUAUAUUUCAAUAAAUGUUGUCAUAACCACUG